AUGGGGUGCUCUUUUUAAAAGAAGGAAGCUCUGGGUUAAAAAACACAGCUUUUUCCAACGGGAGCUGACAUCUUGGAUUAAGUAAAAGAUGUCGAUAAAAAGCUAUUUGGUGUCAUAUUAGAAAUAUUAAGAAAGGACAGAUUUAAAGAUUGCAUUGAAUUUCUAUCAGAUAAAGGGAAUCAGAGACAAUUAGAAUCAUAAAUCUUAUAACAAGCAGGGAAUUUCACCAAAGGUGAUACAUAAUAGGAUUUGUCUGAUAUAAGAAAAGAUAUGAAAUUAAUUACAGAUGUCUUAAAAAAAUUAAAAGAUCAUGACAUCAACAACAAAGACUUUUCCUCUAAAGAAAAUGAAGAAUCUAAAUUAAUUCUAAUUAAUAGUAUCAAGGAUAAUAAAUAGAUCAUAGAAUUUUUGGAAUUUUUAGUUCACCUUACAGCUAUAGAUGGCACUUAAAUUUAAUGUGGAUCUAAUUCAUUACAUACCUUAGUUUAGAUGAAGGUGGAUCUCAGGAACUAGUCCUUAGAGAAUAUCAAGAUCAAGAAUACUUCUUUAAUUGGUGGUAACUUUACUAGAUGCAACUUGAGUGGAUCUGUAUUUGAGAAUGUAGAUAUUAGCGGAGUCAACUUGAAUGGUGCUUAACUGUUAAAUUGUAAAUGGAAGAACAUUAAGAUCCAUGAGUUGAAUAAAUUAGAUGGUCAUCGUCAUUGGGUCAAAUCAGUCUGUUUCUCUCAUGAUGGAAAUACAUUAGCUUCUGGUAGUCAUGAUAACUCUAUACGUCUUUGGGAUGUCAAAACUGGAUAAUAAAAAGCCAAAUUAGAUGGCCAUAGUAAUGAUAUUAGCUCAGUUUGUUUCUCACCUGAUGGAAAUACAUUAGCAUCUUGUAGUCAUGAUAACUCUAUCCGUCUAUGGUAUGUUAAAACUAGAAAGAAAAAGGCCAAAUUAGAUGGUCAUACUAGUUAUGUCUCCUCAGUCUGUUUCUCUCCUGAUGGAAAUACAUUAGCUUCGGGUAGUGAUGAUUACUCUAUCCGUCUAUGGGAUGUCUAAACAGGAUAAUAAAAAGCCAAAUUAGAUGGACAUAAUAAUUUAGUUAUGUCAGUCUGUUUCUCACCUGAUGGAAAUACAUUAGCUUCUGGUAGCGAUGAUAAGUCUAUCCGUCUAUGGGAUGUGAAAAAAGGAUAAUAAAAAGCCAAAUUAGAUGGUCAUACUCAUUAUGUCAACUCAGUCUGUUUCUCUCCUGAUGGAAAUAUUUUAGCAUCUGGUAGUGAAGAUGAGUCUAUCCGUCUAUGGGAUGUCUAAACAGGAUAAUAAAAAGCCAGAUUAGAUGGUCAUAGUAAUUUAGUUAUUUCAGUCUGUUUCUCUCCUGAUGGAAAUACAUUAGCUUCUGGUAGUAAUGAUAACUCUAUCCGUCUAUGGGAUGUCAAAACAGGAUAAUAAAAAGCCAAAUUAGAUGGUCAUACUAGUUAUGUCUACUCAGUCUGUUUCUCUCCUGAUGGAAAUACAUUAGCUUCUGGUAGUAAUGAUAACUCUAUCCGUCUAUGGGAUGUCAAAACAGGAUAAUAAAAAGCCAAAUUAGAUGGUCAUACUAGUUGUAUAUUGUCAGUCUGUUUCUCUCCUGAUGGAAAUACAUUAGCUUCUGGUAGUCAUGAUAAGUCUAUCCGUCUAUGGGAUGUCAAAACAGGAUAAUAAAAAGCCAAAUUAGAUGGUCAUACUAGUACUGUCUACUCAGUCUGUUUCUCUCCUGAUGGAAAUACAUUAGCUUCUGGUAGUGAUGAUAAGUCUAUCCGUCUAUGGGAUGUCAAAACAGGAUAAUAAAAAGCCAAAUUAGAUGGUCAUACUAGUACUGUCUACUCAGUCUGUUUCUCUCCUGAUGGAAAUACAUUAGCUUCUGGUAGUGAUGAUAAGUCUAUCCGUCUAUGGGAUGUCAAAACAGGAUAAUAAAAAGCCAAAUUAGAUGGUCAUACUAGUUGUAUUAACUCAGUCUGUUUCUCUCCUGAUGGAAAUACAUUAGCUUCUGGUAGUGAUGAUAAGUCUAUCCGUCUAUGGGAUGUCAAAACAGGAUAAUAAAAAGCCAAAUUAGAUGGUCAUACUAGUUGUAUAUUGUCAGUCUGUUUCUCUCCUGAUGGAAAUACAUUAGCUUCUGGUAGUAAUGAUAAGUCUAUCCGUCUAUGGGAUGUCAAAACAGGAUAAUAAAAAGCCAAAUUAGAUGGUCAUACUAGUUGUAUUAACUCAGUCUGUUUCUCUCCUGAUGGAAAUACAUUAGCUUCUGGUAGUGAUGAUAAGUCUAUCCGUCUAUGGGAUGUCAAAACAGGAUAAUAAAAAGCCAAAUUAGAUGGUCAUACUAGUUGUAUUAACUCAGUCUGUUUCUCUCCUGAUGGAAAUACAUUAGCUUCUGGUAGUGAUGAUAAGUCUAUCCGUCUAUGGGAUGUCAAAACAGGAUAAUAAAAAGCCAAAUUAGAUGGUCAUACUAGUUGUAUUAACUCAGUCUGUUUCUCUCCUGAUGGAAAUACAUUAGCUUCUGGUAGUGAUGAUAAGUCUAUCCGUCUAUGGGAUGUCAAAACAGGAUAAUAAAAAGCCAAAUUAGAUGGUCAUACUAGUUGUAUUAACUCAGUCUGUUUCUCUCCUGAUGGAAAUACAUUAGCUUCUGGUAGUGAUGAUAAGUCUAUCCGUCUAUGGGAUGUCAAAACAGGAUAAUAAAAAGCCAAAUUAGAUGGUCAUACUAGUUGUAUUAACUCAGUCUGUUUCUCUCCUGAUGGAAAUACAUUAGCUUCUGGUAGUAAUGAUUACUCUAUCCGUCUUUGGGAUGUCAAAACCGGAUAAUACAAAGCCAAAUUGGAUGGUCAUAGUAAUGGAAUCUUGUCAGUCUGUUUCUCUUAUGAUGGAAAUACAUUAGCUUCUGGUAGUCGUGGCUACUCUAUCCGUCUAUGGGAUGUCAAAACAGGAUAAUAAAAAGCCAAAUUAGAUGGCCAUACUUCUUAUGUCUACUCAGUCUGUUUCUCUCCUGAUGGAAAUACAUUAGCUUCUGGUAGUAGUGAUAACUCUAUCCGUCUUUGGGAUGUCAAAAAAGGAUAAUAAAAAGCCAAAUAAGAUGGUCAUAGUGAUUGGGUAAUGUCGUUUAGUUUAUCUCCUGAUGGAAAUACAUUAGCUUCUGGUAGUGCUGAUUACUCUAUCCGUCUGUGGGAUGUGAAAACAGGAUAAGAAAUUAAAUCCUCUGAUAAGAACUACAAAGAUAUUCUUGCAUAAUUUAAGAUUCCACUCUAAUAAAAUUGUCCAUUUUAAGAAGGUAAUAUUCAUUUUUUUUAUAUUUUUAGCCUCCAAUUACAUUACCACACUCCUUAUAUCUUAAUAGGCAAUAUUUUAAGCAUAAGGAGCACUAAUUUUUAGAGGAGAGUUUAUCAAUCAAUCAGGUAUAGAUUUAAAGACAUUGUUUAAACAAAAGGGUAGCUGUAUUUUGGAAAACCAAUUACACUGCAAUAAAAAAUGA